AUGAUAAAAGAAUCACAAAUAAAAUUAAAAAAAGAAUUUAAUAAUUCUUUAAAUAAAAUACAAAAUAAAAAUAGAAGAUUUAAUAGACAAAAUAUGCAAUCUUUAAAAGAAGAAUGAAAAAAUCAAUUUAUAGUAAAACAAAGUUUUAAAUGAUUAUAUGGAAAAAAUAAUUUUUUAAGUUUAAAUGAAAGUAAAAAAAUAAAUAAUAAUAAUCAAUUAAAAUUUAGUAAAAAUGUUAAAUUACAAGAAAAACAAUUUAAAAAAAUAUCUAAUUUUGAUAGUAUAGAAACAAGAAUAGAUGUUUUGAUAUGUCGAUUAAAUUGAGCAAAUACUUUACAUGAGGCCAGAAAUUUAUUAAAAAAUAAUCAAAUAAAUAUUUAUUAUAAUAAUAAAAAAAUAAAUAAUCAUAAUACUAUUAUAUAUUUAAAAAAAGGUUUAAUGUUAGAAUAUAUUAAUUCAACUAAUAAUCACAAUAAUUCAUCAUGAAAUUUAUCUUACGUUUUACAAUUUAAUGAAAAUAAUUCUUCAUAUGCGGUUAUAAUUAAAAAUCCAACAUUUAAAGAACAUCAAGAAAUACUUAAUUAUUGAUUGAAAACUGCUAUUAAUGAAACAUCUAAUAAUAAAUUAUCUAAAAAUGCUACUAAAAGAUUAGAAAAAAUUAAUCAUUUAAUUACUAAAUACGAUAAAUUAAAAUUAUUUUAA